GUUCGUACGACAAAACUUCUACAUUCAUUUGCGAGAUGGACAGCGAAAAUGAAGCCACGUUUUUGUUUUCCCGGAAUGUUUAUUUCCAAUCAUUGAUGUUUCCCAACCCACCCAGAAAACGGCAAUCUGCUAAGGUUAUAUGGAAAGAUCGUUGCAUGCAUGGAGAAUUUCAUCAUCUUUAUCCCCAACUGUGUGAUGACGAAGAACUGUUUUUCGAGUAUGCUGCAAUGUCCAAAUCAACGUUCGAUUACACCUGCAGUGAAAUACGCGAUGAAUGCACCCACCAGGUCACCAACUUUAAACAACCGAUAAGCGUGGAAGAAAGACUGAUGUUAACCAUACAGUUUCUGGUGACUGGAAUUUCUUUUCGAAAAAUUUCGUUCACAUACAGGAUUUCAAGAACAGCGGUUGCAAACAUCGUGAUCGAAGUUUGUAAAGCCAUUUGGAAGAAGUUACACAACAAGCACAUGAAGUUUCCCAGUACAGAAGAUUUCAAAGCUAUUGCUGCCUCAUACAGUGAAAAGGGGAAAUUUCCGCAUUGCUGUGGGAGCAUCGACGGAAAGCAUAUCCGUGUGAAAAAGCCACGGAAAUCAGGAAGCAUGUUUUACAACUAUAAAGGUUUUUUUCAAUUGUGCUCCUGGCUGUGUCUGAUUCAGAUUAUAAAUUCCGAAUCAUCGACGUGGGGGCAUACGGAAAACACAGCGACGGAGGUGUGUUGAGUAACUCCAUAUUUUUCAAAAAAUUCGUAGACGGUACAUAUAAGUUACCUUCAGAAGAACGAAUUAGAAAUUCGAACAUAAUCGCCCCCUACGUGUUUUUGGCGGAUGAAGCGUUCCCGCUAACCACUUUUAUCAUGAGGCCAUUUCCACGAAGAACAUCACAUGGAGACGAGGUUAAAACUUUAUUCAAUAAAAAAUUAUCUGCUUCUAGAGCAACAGUAGAAUGCUCUUUUGGAAUAGCUGCCGCCAAGUUUCGAAUUUUGAAUAAGCCGAUAGAGACGUCCGUCAACAAUGCUACCGCAAUUGUUAAAGCUAUUUGUGUUUGCAUAAUGUUAUAAUAGAUAAGGAAGGUCUCGCGCCACAACUCAAUGCAGAAAGUAAUGUUACUUCUAACAGUACCCACUAUAAUUUGACUCCAUCUCGCGACAACAAUCGAGCUUCCAGGGCUGCUAUUGCUGCAAGAGCGCAGUUCUGUGCAUAUUUUUCUAAUAAUUUAGUAUCUGAUUUAGUUUAAUAAUCUAUAAGUUCAAACCUGUGCAUAAAUUGUAAAGAAAUUGAAAUAAAAAAUCAUGCACUCACU